UGAUGUAACGAUACUGCCGACAAUGACGCCAUGAGAAGUGGUUCCAAAACACACAGACACGCACACCCAGCUACAGUAACACAGUAACAAGUGUGUAUCUACACAGAAUAUCCACAUUAAACAUACAGAGUUUGUUUUCAUUCCUCCUUAUCUCUCACACACUCCUCUAUCACUGUGCAGUGCAUGACAGGCAGGAGGGCAAGAUACAACAAGUCAAGCUGUGUAGACAUUUCUAAUAGUCCCAGGAAGUUAUCUUCAGAGAUCAGAGAAAUGUCUUUCACAUAUCAGACUAGGCUUUUCCUUCUUAUCUGCCUCCCUCUACACACUACAUACAAACACACACUUCACUUUCACAAACACUGAGGUUGUGUAUGUGUGUAUAUGCGUGGGUGACGUCGGCUCUUCCCUCUCCACAGUAAUCCCCCAAAUAAAACUCCUCCUAUCAGAUAAUCCAGCCCUAACUCCUUUCAUGGUGAUUUCCGCUGUGCCACAGUCUCGGCCAAAAAUCACAAAGCCAGAACCUCUCCUGUUCUCUCCGUUUGUGUGUUUCCUGUGUGAGUUGUAGAGUCUUUUGUUCUCUCUGUUCUUUUUAGCCUUCCCACUUUUCCCCCCUGCAUUGAUCUUACUGUACAGGGUAUAAUUAUGUAAAGCACCAGGUCUCUUUCUUAAUACUCAAAGGAAAAUGGGAUCAUAUCCUGUGAAGUAUUUCAUUUUUGUUUUUUUUUUAGAAAAGGGGUGUUUGGGUUUUUUGUAAUGGGUAUAUACAUGAACCACUUUUCACCUGUUUAACUACAGACACACAGAACUUAUACUGAAAUGUUACGACUAAUGUUUCAAGUCAACAAACCUAACCAGGAGUGAUGCUCACUGAUGCAAAUAUCCAAUUAGUCAGUCACAUCGCAGCAACUCGAUAUAUUUAGGCAUACGCCUGCCAUGUAAACUGGAGCUGCCAGGGAUCGAACCACCUGCCUUCUGAAUAGUAGGCCUGGUCUACCUCCUGAUCUACAACCAGACAGAUAUAAAGGCAAAAUGGGCUCUAACUGGUUUGCUCAUGCCUACUUGAGAAGUAGGGCGUGUGUCAAUAAUUUUAAGGGCUUUCUGAAUCUUGCAUAACCAACCUUUAAACACAGCAUGUGUGAUACAAACAAACUACGCCAACAAACACAAGGGACAGACCUCAGGUGGGUUACAUGUCGGUUUCACUUGCUGUUUACGCUUCAGUGCAAGUUUACAGUUUUAUUUGUCAUAUACAGGAAACAGCAGCACACACUUUAUUCCCGGUAAGCAAAGCUAAGUGAACAGGUACCUUCAAAGUAAUAUAACAAUAAACUAAAUAGUAGGUCAGAUCACUUAGAUCAACAUGGGUGUGUAAAAUGAGUGAAAAAACACUUUAAGAUCAACAGUUAAGAUUUUUCCAUGUGAUUUUCCUAAAGUUACAAGUUAAACUGUCUACUGUGAAAAUUCUCCACCUGAGCUGUUUCAGGUUUCUGAGCUGGUCAGCAGGAUCUCAGUAAUGCUAAAGAGAAAGGAACCAGCCGUCAAUUAAAAACCAGUGAUGGUCUUUGCAUAGAGCCCGCAUCUCACGUGUUUAUAUCGCUGUAUUAAUUACAAAGGUGUAAAAACUAUACACCUUCCAAACCGAUACCAAAGUUCCUCUGUAUGUGAGGAAACCUCUAUGAUGAUCAGUUUCUCCAUUUGAAGAGCAUGAGAGGUGGCCACUGAAUGAAUCAAGGAAUCUGAACAUGUAUGCUAUGUAUAAACUGCAAGGAUGUUUAAUAAUUUCAGCCUAAGCCCUACUUUCUAUUUUAAAAUCCCAACAUGCUGACUGUGUGGAAGCAUAAUAACAUGAUACGCAAGCGGAGUAGUGCAAGUCAUGAUCGAGAGACACCAAUCUGUCAUUUUCUGUCUUUUGUGUCCUGGUUACCUUUACAUCACUGAGGGUUUAAUUACUGCUCAGCGAGCCACACAGGUGCCUCACUGGGGACCAGACGGAUAAAAUCAGGUGAGACUGAGCGAAAACAAAAGGCUGCCAGUCAGCUGAGCUCAGACAUUAUAAACUCGCCUGAUUAAUGUGCACCGUAACGAGAACAGAUCUGUACCGACAUGAGAGAAACUGCGUGUGCCUGUGAAGAAGAAGGCGCCGGUGUUGUAGGUGGGAAACAAAGGUUCCUUGGAUGAGAGGGAAGCGGAGCGCAGUGGGUAAGUGACUCUCCGAUCUCUUUUACGUUUGUGAUGAUGGAGCGCUGUGUGUUACUCUGUGUACAGUCCCAGCAGGCCCGCUGGCCUAGAAAAGAGUUCACUUAAGUAUGCAUAGCUGUCUUCCACAGGUCGCUUUCAUUCACUAAAAUGCUUAGUUUGGCUCUAAAAGUCGACUUUCUGUUCUCAUUGCAUGAAUGUGCUGAUGACUUAUUGAAGAAAGGCUUUCAGGUUGCCAUGGACCGAUUCAAAGGGGACCCCGUGUGCUAAGCAACAGUCCCCCACUGAGUGUGUGUGGCUUGCCUCGUCAUUGUCCCAUGCGAAACACAAAUAUAGAAAAGCAAAGCGCCAGUAAAGCUACACAAUUCUACUGAUUCCUUUCAUAAAUCACAGAUCAAAUGACAUCAACAAAUGUUACAGACUGUCAGUGUGUCUGACCAAAAGGUUUUACGCCUUAAAGUAAAGUAUUGUGUAUUUCCUUGUAUCGUUUUUAUGGUAUAUACAGUGCCGUGGGAAAGUCUUGACCGUGCCAUGAUUGCUUUACAUUUUGAUACCAAAGAGCCAGAGUUCUUGUAAUUUUUAAAGUUGACUUGAGCAGUAGUUCUCCACAAUUUCCAAAGGUCAUGUUCAGUCCAGUCCUUAUACCUGACCAUUUCCAGAGGAGUGGUUUUGUAUUAACCUCUUAACACUCACCUGUGAACCACUCAAGUCUAAAACGUAUGUAACUCGAGGGAUGAACGGUGUUUGUGUCUACACAUAACAGAAAACUUAAAACAUAAAAUGGCGUGUUUUUACCAACAAAGUGAGUCUCAAAGACCUAUCAGCCCAAAGCUUUGCAUAUUUCAGCAUGGUGUGCAGUGUGUCCUCAAAAAAUCUGAGGAAACUGGGCAAAAGAAGAAGCAGCAGGUCUAAAAAAAAAACAAACUAUCUACAGCAGAUGCUGUUCAAACCUUCUGUGUAUUACAAACAACCAAUUACAAGAAAGUUGUCUUAAAGAGAGAGGCACUAAAAAUGGGUUGUUUUUGUCACAGGAUGAACAGCGGGGCUGUACUUAAGUAUAAGAAAAAAAGCAUUAUUUAAAAUAUAAAUUAUGCAAAGCUACUGUAGUAGAAUCCAAGAAUCAGAAACUGUGGAAAUGAGCAUAACAGUUUCCCUGAAUUUGACUUCUGGCAGCAGCUUCUCAUUGCAGACAACCUUAUCAAUCUUCACAUCUAAUGACAGGAAAGCAAAGCAGGGCAUUUCCCAAAAAGUCUUCUUCCCAUAAAGAUUUUAUUUGACUGUAACACAGCCACGGUGUCAAAAUGCUGGGCUGCUGUGUCAAUUCAACACACCUUUUGAAAAGAGUCUUUGUGUUAGAGAUCCACUUAAUUGAUUUAAAAUUACACUUCCAUGAAGUAGAAGAAAGCCGGUAAAAGCCAGCCCAACAAAAACGCUGGGUCUUACAUCACCCUGAGUUCAGUAUGACAUCACUCAGUAAAUAAAUAAUGACUUCUGGCUCGGUACACGCAAUCUGUUUGCAACACAAACCGCUUCCCCUAAGUGCCUCCAAAUACAGUAAUUUUGAUACCAACAUUUCUUAUGUUUUCUUAAUUUAAAAAAAACCAGCUGCUUUGAAUGACUGAAGUGGAACAAGCCUGAGCUGGGAAAAGACGACGUGCUCUGACAAACACACACACCCACAAAUGGAGAAAUCUUAGAGUGACUGAUUACUUCCUUUCCCGACUAUUUUGUAUAUUUUUCUCUGACUGUGUGUGUGUGUCUGUGCUAUCUAGCACGCACUCAAGGGCAAAGGUGAUUGUGAGUAAGUGAGGGGGGUGGUGGAUGGUGGAUGUGUGAGCGGUUAAACGGAUGAAUGCUAUGACUCAUGGGCCGUGGAAUCUGUUCACGAAAGUUACAGAAACAAAGGAUCUUUGGGGGAGCAGAUCCUGAUGUUUCUGUCUCACGGAAAGUCGACAUGAAGUUUAUGUUGAUCAUGUUUUCUCUCUACAGAGUUUAACAUCUUUAGCUAAAAACUCAUCCCCGACUUGCCUCUCGCCAGUUCUUCUACAUCCACCCACUCCCACACCAUGUCAGGGCAUGUUGCCCCAGUGCCGCAGAAGGGGGAUCCCGCUGCUGCUUCCGUGCCCAGCCGUGGCUCCGGUCCAGGGGAACCCAUGGAUGUGGAAUGCCCCAUCUGCUACCAGGAGUACAACUGCUACAACAAAUGCCCCCGGAUGUUGGAGUGUCUCCACGUUUUUUGCACUGAGUGCCUCCAGAGGAUCCAGCUCUGCCCCCCCGACGCCCACAGCCCACAAGCCGUUCCUUGCCCUCUCUGCCGCCAUCUGACCCCACUGGAAACCGGGGAUGCCCUCACCUUACCCUGCAACUCCCGCAUCCUGUCCAGGCUGCCCCCCGGGGCCUUCCACCUGCCCAUGACUGUGACCUCGCGGAUGGCUACAGUCACCCAGAGAGUGGUGCUCUCCAUGGAGGGCAACAGCAACAGGGACACCCGCUUCAUCAUCUUACCCACCGUCAGCCUGCGGGUGCAGCAGAUGCACCCCGAAACCCCUUAUGGCACAGCGCCUGGCCUGGUGGGCGAAGAGGAGAUCAUACAGCAGAGCAGGAAGACGCUGUUUUGUGUACAGAUCCUGGCUGUCAUCUUCUGGGUGCUGUUUGUGAUCACCUGUGUGUUCGGGGUGGUGUUUGGGCCACAUUUCCUGAACAGGAAAUUUUAGAGUUACAGAAAUUGUUUGCCAGUCUUUUUCUAUUAACAUGCUUUUUUAAGUGUACUUAGCAUUCACCCUGUAAUCAAAUUAAGUUUUUACUUAUUAGAGCUGCUCCUUUAUUCAAAAGGGGUUGCUCCAGAAGACAGCUCUGCAUAUGGGAUUUGGUAGAAUUUUUUUGUGUUACAGUGGAUACCCUUCCUGACACAACUCCAAAGGAGUUUGUGUCUCCUCCUGAUCUUGAACUGGUGACCGUUCACAUUCAAACUACUACACUAGAGUCCAAUCCUUAAAUGUGUCCUUACUGAAUGCCUUAAGUACAGAUUUUUAAUCAGUGAUAGCUUGAUAAAGCGUGCCCCCUAGUGGUUAAUAGAGAAACAACCAAACCCUAAGGUUUCUUUAAUCGUUCUCAUCAUGCUUAUUAUGUUUGAUAAUAUCAUUUUGCAGCGGCUGACUCUGCUGCCAAAGAAUAAAUUAAAUGAGGUCCUCAGUCCUUACAUCAGUCCUUUACUUUGUGCAGGGUGUGUACAUGUUUGGAAAUCAGUGAAAGUGGCCUAACUUUAAUAAUCUACUUGAGAACGCACAUGUAUUUAUUUCAUCAGUGUGCACUCAUUUCUCUCACCUGUGAUGUAAACUACAGCAAACGUAAUUGAG